AUGCGCCGCGGUAGCUGCGCGGGCCUUGUUGCAAUCAGCGUUUGUAGUCUGGGGUGCCUUACAUGGCCCACACUGACUUCAUGCGCUGUUGGAUGCUUUGGUGACAGUCACACUGAGGGCAUCUAUGGUGCUCCCUGGGUGGACGAGCUUCAACGACGUCUACGGAGAGAAUGCGUGAACUUCCGCCGGAAUGCCUGGACCUGCAAGUCGGUGCAGCGCCGAGCGGCUCAAGCCCCCAUUUUGGAUGAGGCAGUUGUUUUGGCCGGCACCAACGACGCCAUGAUGGAACUUGCGGCUCGGGCUGGAAACACAGGCAUGCUCAGUGUCUACCGGGGCUUGAAUCAGCUCCCAGCUGAGUACGUGCCGUCCAUUGAAAGCUUUGCAACAUCCUUCAAGGAGCUGUUGUCCUCUGUUCGUGCAGAGAAGGUAGCAGUCCUCAGCCUGCCACCUCUGGGAGAAUCCGAUGGUCGCGCAGCUGAGCUGCUGUCCCUCUACAAUCAGGAGAUUUGUCGCCUGGUUGAGGAGGAUGAGCGUGCCAUCUAUGUGCCUUUUGGAGAGGCCUUAGAGAAGAGAAGUGGUGAAGAUUUCGAUGCUUCCUCCCCGGCAUUCUCCCAGACUAUUGCGCAGAUGCCUGUUUGCACAUACGGCCUUGAGACGAUUGCCUUUUGGCGGGCAGGCGGGGCCUCAGGGCCUUGGGGUCAACGCCAAAGAUUGCCGAACGUGACAGCUUUGUUGAGGCAAUACGGUGAUCAAGUGAGCCGAGUCACAUGCUAUCCUGUGCGGAUGGCUGCGCACCAAAAAAGAGCCAGAGCUGCCACCACACCAGUCGACUUCAAAUCAGAUGGACAGCGCUACGUCGCAGUGGCUGGGCGUUGCGCUUUGCCAGUGAGCGGCUUAAGAAGGCCAUCCAGAGCGAGGGAGUGGCUAUUCGAUUUGCUGCAGAGGAGCCGGUUGCACAUCACCAACGUCACUCCACCUGCCAAUCGACCGCCUUGCAUUCCUGGCUCUGUGUUGAAACAGCGUCAGGGAGAACAGGCGGAAGACGAGGGGAAAGAACCUUUGGAACGAGAGCGAAUGGAGGAGUUGGGUGGUGCUGGUGUCUACUCCGUGGAUUUGUGGCGCAAGGCCAUUUUAGAGGAUCCCAACUGGAAGUACGAUAUCGUGCCAGAGAUUAUGGACGGGCACAACAUUGUGGACUUUGUGGACCCAGACAUCGACCGAAAGCUGGAAGAACUGGAAAGAGAAGAGGCCCUGUUAAUGGCCGAAUCCAGCCUGGGCAAUGACGACGAGGUGAUUGGUGAGUUCGAAAAGACCCAAAAGGUCUUGGAUGAAGUCCACAGCAGGAUGCGGCAAAAACGCCUGGAGCGACGCAUCGGCAAGUCCAGGACGGGUGUACCAACUCCCAGACGAGCCAGAAAGAAGGCUGAGGAGGUGGAAGAGAAGUUGAAUAGCAUUGGCCUGGAUGGGGCCAAGGUCCGUGGUCGUUCAGCCUCGAAGAAGAGAUCGGGAUCCCUUCUGAGAAAACGUAAGCACGAUGCCGGAGAAGAGGAGGCUGGCACGCGGACGCUGUCUCGCGCACGCAGCAGGAGUAUUGGUUUGCCUUCUGAGGGGGCCGCGCAGGUGGUGGAAAAGAAGCGAAGGAAGACCAUGCGCUUGCACCAGAAGAAGGGCCAUAAGGGCGAGGCAGACAGAUGGAUUCCAGACCUCAAACCGAAGCAUUUGUAUUCGGGCAAGCGCGGUAUUGGAAAGACAGAUCGACGCUGAGCCGAAACGGACAGCGUCAGGCGGCCUUGGAGGUGCCAUCGGUGAUAAGCCGCUCCAGUCUGAGACGACGACGCGAGACGUCGAGCACGGGAACAGCGGAGCAG